UUGAAUAUUUUCAAGAAAAAUUUUAAAAAAUUAUAAAAAAUUAAUAAGCAUAAAAAAGUGCAAUAAAUACCAAUUGACUUUGUCCUUUUUUUAUCAGCAAGCUUCAAAUCAUGGAUGUAAUCAAUAAAUUUUAUUCUACUGUACACACAACCGUUGCUCAAUUGUCAGGCGUCUUACCAGGUAAUAAUGUCACCCGUGAAUAUGAAAUAUUGGAUCAACUGUGUACAGCUGGUGUAGGUUUAUUAUGGAAAGUAUACAACGGUUAUAAAAAGUCUACCAAACAAGAAGUUUCUGUGUUUGUGUUCGAGAAAAAAAAUCUGGAACGUUGGUCUCGUGAAGAUAAGGAAGCUAUUUUAGAAACACUAAGAAGAGGAGUGCAACAAUUGACUAAAAUACGACACCCCCAUGUUUUAACUGUUCAAAAUCCUUUAGAAGAAAGCCGUGAUUGCUUAGCUUUUGCCACUGAACCAGUAUUUGCCUCGUUGGCGAAUGUAGUGGGCGAUCGGGUGCAGGCCGAUAAAAAGCUAUAUGAUAUAGAGAUACGCCACGGUUUAUUGCAGUUAUUUGAUGGAUUACAGUUUUUACACAGUGAUGCUAAAAUAUUGCACCGAAAUAUUUGUGCCGAGACAGUUGUAAUCAACAAAAAUCGAAACUGGAAAUUAUUUGGUUUUGACUUUUGCGUGACAAAUCAGCCAGCUCCCGAUGGCACAGCGUUUUGGCCAUGCAAAGAAUAUAGUAGUGCAAUACCAAUGAUGGCUCAACCCUGUUUGGAAUACUGUGCUCCGGAAAUAGCUUUAAAUAAUAUUAAUUCCACAGAUAGUGAUUUGUUUUCUCUGGGAGUAUUAAUAUUCACCAUAUAUGCUGGAAAACCUUUGAAAGUAUUUGGCAACGACUAUACUGCCUAUAAACGUUAUGCGGCGGAGUUGAAUCAACGUAAAUAUCCACCUAUGAACGCAUUGCCGAACGAAUUGAUGGAAAGUGUAAAAGCGCUUCUGCAUCCAAGUCCACAUUUAAGAACGAAAUUGCAUGAACUGAAAAAAAUUUCAUAUUUCCACGAUGUGGGUGUUAAGACUUUAAAUUAUUUAGACUCUCUCUACCAAUGGGAUAAUCUCAAUAAAUCUAAAUUCUAUAAAAGUCUGCCACAAAUUAUUCCUACUCUACCCCAUCGCGUUAAUUUGCAUUCCAUACUACCACAUUUGGUUAAGGAAUUUGUUAAUUGUCCUAUGAUACCGUUUGUGUUGCCCAACGUUUUAAUUAUAGCUGAAAUGAGCAGCCAAAAGGAAUACAGCGAUCAUAUCUUAACCCACCUGAUACCAAUAUUCAAAUUAAAAGAACCUAUACAGACACUCUUGAUACUAAUGCAAAAAAUGGACUUACUGCUUAAGCUAACAGCGCCAGAGGAGGUUAAAUUGCAUGUUCUACCUUUACUAUACCGUUCUCUGGAGUGUGAUAUGCCGCCGCAGAUACAAGAAUUAUGUUUAAUUGUUUUACCGACAUGUUCAGAUCUAAUUGACUACAAUGCUAUGAAGAAUUCAGUGAUACCGAGAAUCAAAAAGCUAUGUGUAGCCAGCACUCAUGUUUCGGUAAAAGUGAAUUGCUUGAUAUCAAUUGGAAAACUUUUGGAGAAUUUGGAUAAAUGGUUAGUGUUGGAUGAAAUUCUCCCAUUCUUGCAACAAAUACCAUGUCGUGAGCCAGCUGUCAUAAUGGCAAUAAUAGGUAUAUACAAAAUUGCUAUGACCAAUGCAAAAUUGGGUAUUACUAAAGAUGUUUUGGCUAAUAAAUGCAUACCUUUCUUAGUACCUUUAAGUAUAGAGUGCGGUUUAACUGUUGCACAGUUUAAUACGAUAGUGACAUUGAUUAAGGAAAUGUUUUGUCGUAUGGAAAAGGAGCACAGAGAAAAACUGGAACAACUCAAUACGAUACAAAGAGGCAAUAAACCUAAAGAUGCUGCUGAAAUUUUGGCUAGUGAACUGGACAAAGGUAGCUUUGAUGAUAAGACAGGCGAUGUGCUUCCUACCUUUUCUAUAAAUAAAAAUACGAAAUCUCAGCUCACUUUGCAACCCAGCAAACCUAGAGAACAGUUAAAAAUAUCGUACGAGCUAUCAUCUAAUCAUAAACCGGAUAUUUUAUCAUCUCUGGUGAAACCCAAUUUGACUAAUAUAAGCAAUAAUUCGCCACCAUACGCUGCUUUGUGCACUUCCCUCUGCACAACAGCGCCCAACAGUGUCAAUGGUAAUGUACAAAUUCUCAAUUACCAACCACAAACUACAGCACCAACGAGUGAUAUCAACAACUGGGAUCAAAAUAACUGGCACAGUGCGAACCCUUUAGUUAUGAAUCAUCAGUUAUCACCAUCUACAUGUAUUAUGAAUCACCAACAACGAAGUACAACGCCAGAACAACAGUCUAAUAAUGUACAUAAUAAUAAUACCAAACAUUUUUCUUCUCUUGAUGCUUUGGAUCCAUUCAAUUGCUGUGAUGAUGGUACAGCUAACGCUAAGCACGAAACGGCUGCUAACAUAUGUGCGUCUAAAAAAUCUAACGUAGAUUACACGUAUCCGACGAGUUACAAUACAAAAACCACAAAGCCGAUUAGCUUGACGACAAUGUCAAAACCGCUAACACCGCAAGCCUCUAACAGCAAUAUUAGCAAUCAAAUAAAUCAAGGCGAUGAACACAGUUUAAUUGCUUUGAGUCAUCAGGAUAUUUUAAAUUUUCUAAAAUAAAGCAGUAAAAAUUAAAAAACUAAUCCUAGACGAAAACAGAAAAACUUAUCUGAAAAACGGGUCAUUUUACACAAACGUAAUAGCAAAUUCCUAACCAAUUUUUAGACAAAUAAUCUUGAAAUUAAAAAAAAUCGAUCACCGUUUCUUUCUCUUUUUGUUUUAUAUGUUGUGCGUACGUGCAAAACAAUACGAUUUGUCGAGUAUGUUAAAAACUACAACAAAAGUGUGAAACUUUAUGGAAAUUACUGAUCUGAAUACGGUUCUUUAAUAUUGGUCAGAAGUUUGCGCAUUUAGUGCUGCGGGCGUUGGAGUAUCUUUUUCACAUGUUUAACAGAAUUCUAUAAAAACUCUUCCUCUGCAUACUGCUUAUGUCUUACGAAAUAAUAGUUAUCUUCCCUCUUAUAUCCGGAUAGAAUUAAUAGUACUACAAUAUUUAGUGACAUUCCCUUACCAGGAGAACAAACAUCCCAAACAAAACUUAACGUUUUAGGUACAAACAUGCGGAAUGUACGUUAUGUUGUAGAUCCUUUGAAUGUAAGUCGCAAAGACGUCAUUCUUUGUAAGGACAAGGAUCUGCAAAUAGGAACAGUACUCAACGCUUAUGGUCGUGCGAUAGAACAGAUUGUAAACAAUGAAAGAAGCGCGUAAAAUUUUGUAUGUUGGUUGAAUUGGGGCGAUCAGAAAAAUUCGUUCUCGUAAUAAUAGAUACAACGUACACUAAUCAAAAUAAUUUUCUGUGCAAAGCGGAACUCCAAUUUUUGGAACAAAAUGCGCAGUCCCGAGUUAUCCCGAACUAAUGUCUGCUCUUGUCGUUUUGUGUCAAAAUUGAUUAGAAAAUUGUGUUUAUAUAAGAAACAACACGUAUGCUUAUACAUAACUUAACAAGAAAUAUAUACAUUUCUAACA